GUGGCCUUUAUCUCCAAGCUUUCAACUUCCGGUUGGCUCACAGAGAAGAAGAAGAAAAAUGGAAGGGUUUUCGAAGCUAACCCAUUUGUUGAUGAUGGGGUUUCUAUACACUUUCGCAACCACGAUGGUCAUUCCGGCUAUUACCGAUGUCACCAUGUCGGCUCUCUGUCCCGGUCGAGACGAGUGUUCCGUGGCCAUUUACUUUACUGGGUUUCAACAAGUCGUGACGGGGCUUGGUGCGUUUAUUAUGAUGCCAUUGCUUGGUAACCUCUCGGAUAGGCUCGGGAGGAAGACUCUCCUCACUAUUCCCAUGAUUCUCACUAUCCUUCCCCUCGGGAUUCUGGGGUAUGGUAGGUCGAGGCAUUUGUUCUACGUUUAUUUUGUGUUGAAGUGUGUGACGAGUACGGUUUGUGAAGGGAGCGUUCAGUGCUUGGCCAUCGCUUAUGCGUCAUUUGGCAGCUUUAACGCUGGCACCCUGAACAUUCGACGCCAUGGCCGUUCACUCAUCACUUUGGGUUUAUCUCUGCAACUACAGGCCGACAAUGUACCGGCACACCAGCGAGCUUCUGCGUUCGGAUUGCUAUCGGCCGUUGGAUCUUCUGCUUUCGUUUGCGGGACUCUCUGUGCUCGUUUUCUCUCCAUUUCAUCCACUUUUCAGGUAGCGGCUUCCGUAGCGGCUGCUGCGGUAGUGUAUAUGAGGCUUUUCCUUACUGAUUCUAUCGCCGAUUGCAAUCUCUCUGCUCCGCUAGUGUCCGGGGAGAAUGUAGAAUCUGUUUCUUUGGAUCCAGUUUCGCCCAGAAAAGAAAAGGUUAUUACCGCAUUUCCUUCAGUGAAGGACCUUUUUGCACUGUUGAAGACUAGCACGACAAAACAAGCAGCCAUCGUUGCAUUUUUUGGCAAUCUCGCUGAUGUUGGUCUUCAUGCUUCAAUACUGUACUAUUUAAAAGCCAGAUUUCACUUUAACAAGGAUAAGUUUGCUGAUUUGCUGAUGAUUUCUGGGGCUGCUUCGACUUUUUCACAGCUACUUUUGAUGCCCAUCUUGGUUCCUGCUCUAGGAGAGGAAACGCUGCUCUCAGUUGGGCUCUUUUUCAACUGCGUUCAUAUGCUUCUUCAUAGCAUUGCUUUGGCUGACUGGGUUGCCUAUGUUGCUACAAUGUUUUCCGUUUUGUUCGUUUUCUGGCAGCCUUGCCUGCGAAGCAUAGUGUCAAAACAAUUUGGUGCAAGCGAGCAGGGUAUGGCUCAAGGAUGCAUUUCAGGCAUAUCUUCAUUUGCCAAUGUUGUUUCUCCAUUGGUUUUCUCUCCUUUAACUGCUUUGUUUCUCUCUGAAAACGCUCCAUUUAAUUUCCCUGGAUUUAGCAUCAUGUGUGCUGGAUCUUCUGCGAUGAUAGCAUUUGUUCAGAGUAGCAUGAUAAGGGCUCCUACCAAAGCCAGUAUUAGCAUCAUCCAUGUGGAAGUCUAGUUCUUGUUCUUCCACUGCAUAUUAUUUUGUUGUUAAAAGAGUGUAAAUAUUUCAUUGUUUAUUGUCAAAAAAAUAGGAAAUUAAGGGAUAAGAAUUGUUUUUCCCCAGAAUUUUUGUCAACAGCCAUUUGUAAGUGACUUGUAAAAUCAGUUAUUAUUAUGGCUAUUUAUAAUUCUGGAAGGAAAAACAAUUUCUGAUAAGAAAUUUCAAUAGAUGACAUAAAUUAUAUCUGUAUUUUUAAAUGUCU